AUGUGGUACACAUUUAUCUCUAUUCAAAUCAAAUACGAGAGAAUUCAGUUAGAGAUGGCAACACGCGCAUUACGGGCGUCCGGAGAUCACAAGCGGAGGAGGCCAGCCAGCCGCUUCGACGGACUUACGCAUUUACCUUCUAAGGCGCAUUACGGGCGUCCGGCGAUCACAAGCGGAGGAGGCCAGCAAGCCGCUACGACGGACUUACGCAUUUACCUUCUAAGGCGCAUUACGGGCGUCCGGGGAUCACAAGACGGACUUACGCAUUUACCUUCUAAGGCGCAUUACGGGCGUCCGGCGAGGCCAGCAAGCCGCUUCGACGGACUUACGCAUUUACCUUCUAAGGCGCAUUACGGGCCUCCGGGGAUCACAAGCGGAGGAGGCCAGCCAGCCGCUUCGACGGACUUACGCAUUUACCUUCUAAGGCGCAUUACGGGCGCGCAUUACGGGUGUCCGGCGAUCACAAGCGGAGGAGGCCAGCCAGCCGCUUCGACGGACUUACGCAUUUACCUUCUAAGACGCAUUACGGGCGUCCGGCGAUCUAAGCGGAGGAUGCCAGCCAGCCGCUUCGACGGACUUACGCAUUUACCUUCUAAGGCGCAUUACGGGCGUCCUGCAAUCACAAGCGGAGGCCAGCCAACCGCUUCGACGGACUCACGCAUUUACCUUCUAAGGCGCAUUACGGGCGUCCGGCAAUCACAAGCGGAGGAGGAAGCGUAUCCGCACAAGCUUCCCAGGACGUCGCCGCCUUCUUUCGCGAGGAGGAUAGACUCUAGUGUCGCUUGUUCGGAAACACUCCUCCAGGACAAAACACUUGGCUCGCUCCCUCGCCGAAUCUGCCUGCUUCAGGAAUCACCCUUUACCACUCGCCGUGUGUCGUGGAGGGGCUCCGGGUCUCGGCAGGCAGAAGGGACAGUGCAGCCAGCAAUACGUCGUCGUUUCUCCUUUGCGUACCGCAUUCCCUACCGAAGAAUCCAUCGACACAUCUUCGUCUACCGUUCAAAGGUUGAUUGCACUAAGGUCGGAUAUUUAAUCCGUGAACGCGUUCGCAUGGUCAUCAGCAUUAGCAGACGCCGCCUUUGA